CAACCUGCCAGGUGCUCGUCGACCUCGAGCUGCACGCUUUGGUCACCCUCGAUCCAGCAACCUACACACGAAUUGUCUGCACACGAAGCCCGUAUUUACAAGAUAUACAAUGUCAGCGCCAUCGUUCUCCUCUUUUCCUUCAUCGUUCUCGUCGUUCCCGGUCCUUGAUCCCGGUCCGAGCAAGCGUCCUGCUACUCCCGCAGAACAGUCUGCCGACGCGAGGAAGAAGAAGAAGAAGAAGAAAGAUAGGGAAGAAAAGGAACGGAAGGGGCGUCAGCACAAACAUGACAGGGCUGAGUACGACAGUAGGGAACGUCGCACAGACCGAUCCAAGAAGCACAAGGAGGAUAGUCCCUAUGCGGGUUUUGAUGACGAACGCCUCAAGGCGCAAGAGGACGUUUUCUUGCGCGCGGAGAAAGCAUCACAUAGCGAGCAGCUUCUGUAUUUUACAGACCGCAAAGGCGAUCCGCUAAAUACACAGUACGGUGGACUGUACGCUGGGAGCGUUCCGCGCUACUACCUAGUCGGUGGCGGUAAGACGAUCCUAGGUUUGGAGCAUGGAUGGAGGGUGGUGCACAGAGGUCGCAAAGGUGUCGAAGUUGCUGUGGGCGGAAAGCGCAAGAUGCCUGGGCUGACGGACUCCAGUGCGCGACAUCUGCUGCAUGCACCUCCAACUCGCAGACUCCUGGCUUCGUCGGAGGACAAGUAUAAGUACGACGAGGUCGAAGGCUUCCUACGCAUCUCCUCGGGGCGCGAGCGGAAAGGUGACCCGUCAUACCGGUCGAUCACAGCGUCGAGACAUGAUGCCAAUGCCGACGAAAGUGAGUCGUCCGAGGAUGAAGGGGAGGAGAGCUCAGGCGACGACUCGGAUACGACUCCCAUGACAUCGCUUCAAGUAACCCUCAAGUCGCUUGAGGAGCGUUUGUCCGCCGACCCCGCCUCAGUUCCAACAUGGCUCUCCCUCCUCUCACAUACGCUCUCCACCGUCCCUAUCACAUCGAAGAACGCACCGAAGGCGCGCUCGGAGAUCACUCUGUCCAUCUUACAGCGAGCUCUAUCUGCCCACCCGCAGAACGCGUCGUCCAAGGUGCUCAGGCUCCGGUACAUCAAAGCCGGUGAAGAGACCUGGCACGAAAGCAAACUGCGCGCGGAAUGGGAAGAUGCGCUGAAGGUAGGGGGCAUCGAGAUGUGGAUGGAGUGGCUCGAUUGGAGGAUCAGGAAGGGCGAGAAGGGCGUGGAAGGCAUUGUCGAAGAUGCGAAGCGUGUUCUCGGUGCAGUCAUAGGGGACGAAAUUGGUAUGCUCAGAGUCCUCUGGCGGGUGGCCGUUGGUUUCCGGGAUGCAGGCUACGUGGAGCGAGCCACUGCUCUCUUCCAGGCGCAAGCUGAAUUGACGUACAGGACACAUCCUGACAUGGCUCGACAGCCCUUCGAGAGACAGCUAGACGCCCUGGAGGAGUUCUGGGAGUCGGAGGCACCUCGCAUGGGCGAAGCCAAUACAAAGGGUGUGCCAUAUUGGACAACAAACCCUAUCGGCGAUGUAACGAACUUGGUCUCACCCCGCAAGGCUGCGAACAUCUCUGCGAGAGAACGCGACCCCUUUCGUCGAUGGGCGGCGUCCGAGUCGCUCUCCGAUCGUGCGUACCAGCUGCCCACGCGUUCGUUCGACGGCGCUGCAGACGAGGACCCGUAUGCAACGAUCCUCUUCGCAGACAUUCGGCCGUUGCUCGUCGACAUCCGCAGCGCGAAAGCGAAAGACAUAUUCAGACGGAUCUGGCUCGCCUUCCUUGGCCUGCACGUCCCUGGCUUUCUGGCGACCCUCACGUCGUUGUCGCAGGAGAGUACGGACGACCGGUGGGCGUGCGCGCAUCUCGCGUCGCCUUCCCACUUAGCCGCCAUCGUGCCGUCUGAAGCUAACAGUGCCGCAAGACGGAUCACAGCUGACGCACAAGCUGGUGUACUCAUAGGGCGGGAGCGCGAGUACUCUAAUGCCUUCGGGCCUGUGAAGAACUGGGGCUAUGGUGUGCUUGGGGCGCUGGAAGCAGUGCCUGGUACGCGAUGGACUAUGUGGGGUCCUGAAGACGUCGCGGACGUGAGCAUUGACUUGGUUCGAGAAGUCUUCGCUCAGUGUCGAACUGGGGACGACACGGAGUGGGAUGUACUCUCGCUCGCCUUCGAGGGUGCUUGCAAUUUGAAGAGCGCUGUAGCACAGUCAAAGAAGAUGCUGGCCUCUGCGCAGAAUUCCCUGCCACUGUGGGCUGCGCAUGCUCGACUGCAACGACUGCGAGGUCGCCUCGAUGACGCGCGCAAGGUUUACCAAACCAUCCUCGGCAGCUCGAAUUCGACCUCUGCCGCUCAUCGCCAGCUGUGGUGGGACUGGGCGGAGAUGGAGUGGCUUGCUGGUCGCCCCGAAAGUGCGACCGAAGUCAUUCUUCGAUCCACAGGCUCUCAAGGCACAGGUGGCAUUCCCAUUCUACGAGCGAAGCGACAGUUACAAGAAGCUAUCACCGUACCGUCUACGGCCUGGAAGGAGCGCGAAUACAUCAUGAAGCUCUGGACACUACUCGAACUCCUCACAGCGUCACCGGAGUCCGCGCUAUCGACACUUGACGUACACCUCAGCGCGCUGGACCCUGGGACACUCCCGCACGAGAGCUUGGUCGUCGUGUCCUUGUCACUGCUCUAUGUCCACGGGAUCGUACUACGGAAUCCCAUGCCUCCGGCACUGUUGCGGGAGCGAGCCGAGCGCGUUAUCGAGCAGCACCCGAGCAACACGAUCGUGCUAGGCAUGUUCCUGGAAGCCCAGAAGGGUCAGGCCAUCUGGGGACGGGUCAAGACCCUGUUUGGAGAGGGUGCGGAAGCGGGCAUGCGAGAUAAAGACCUAUCGCGAAGGGCUGCGGAGGUGUGGCUGGCUAGCUGGGAGAAGGGCCGUUGGGAAGCGGAGCAGGAGCGGACACGAGGCGGGCUGUCCGCCGCGGUGCAGAGCGAACGCACACGCGGCAGCACCGCGCUCUGGCAGCUGUACGUGCAGUUCGAGGUGAGGACGGGCCACGUAGAGCGAGCCAAGAAGUUGUUGUUCCGAGCCGUGGGUGAAUGUCCCCUCGCGAAAGAACUCUAUCUGCUCGCGUUUGGGCCACUGCGGAAGGCAUUCAGUGGCCGGGAGCUCAAUGGGUGGGCGGAGACAAUGGCGGAACGGGGUAUUCGGAUGCGGCGGGGCCUGGACGAGGCGCUGGAGGGGUGGACAGAAGAGGGCGGAGAUAAUAGGGCGGAGGAGACGGACACGGAGGACGAGAUCGAGCACAACGCGCGGGAGCUGCGGCGCCUGAGGCCGUACUAGACGCGCCUGUGGCGGGUGUAUUUACCAGUAUUUGUGUUUGGCGACGGUGUUUGUACACGGGUCAGCGGAUCUGUUGUGAGAGGACUGGAUGCCGUCGACACGAGGCCGC